UCAAAAUUGGAUGUUGAUGCUGACAUCAACGGAGACCACCCAGAACUACCGGUGACCAACAACUCACGGUGCAGCCAUGCGAAGAUUCCAACUAGGGGAUGACGACAGUUUUGCUACCAGGACCAGACCAAAUAAAAGGAAGAAACUGGUCAUCGCAGGAGUUGUGCUGCUCUUGCUAGCCACGGCCUUGACAGUGGGUUUGGUCUUGGGACUAAGAUCAAGGAACUCAACAUCGGAAACUAAUGGCGACAAAGGCCAGUCGACGAGUCAAGAGGACGAGGGACUGCCCCUGGAAACGACCACCACUUAUUCUCAUCUCGCUGGACGGAUUUCGUGCCGAGUACCUACGGCGAAAGGAGACACCCAUUAUCCAGCAGAUGCGGGAGUCGGGUGUCCACACCCCUUACAUGCGUUCCGUCUACCCGACCCUCACGUUUCCUAACCACUACUCAAUCGUCACCGGCCUUUAUCCAGAAUCUCAUGGAAUUGUCAAUAAUGUUUUUUACGACCAGCAUCUCAAUGAGAUUUUUACACUUGGUCGUCCCAUGACCUUUGAUCCACGGUGGUGGGGAGGGGAGCCAAUCUGGCUAACAGCCAAGAAGCAGAAUGUGAAAGCAGCAACAUAUUUUUGGGUUGGAUCAGAUGUGGCAAUAAAUGGCUCAUACCCAGAUUAUUACUUCAAAUAUAAUGGGAGCAUACCUUAUGAAGCUCGCAUUGACAAGGUAUUUGAGUGGCUGGAGUUGCCUGAAUCGACUCGCCCAGGACUCAUAACACUAUAUUUUGAUGAGCCAGAUCAUGCUGGCCAUGGCAGUGGACCCAACAGUCAGGAGGUGAAUGAGCAGCUGAAAAGAGUUGAUGGAAUAAUUCUUAUGUUGGUCAGUGGCCUGAAAAAGAGGAAAAUGGACAGUUGUGUGGAUAUUAUCAUCGUGGCAGACCAUGGGAUGACAGAGACCUCAUGUGAACGUGAAGUUUUGCUUAGCUGCUUUAUGGAUGUAGACAAAACAUUCAUAAUUGAUGGGACUAUUGCAACAAUUAAUACCAGGUUUCACAGGGAAGUGGUUAACGGGAACACAGUUGUUGUCAACACAACUGAUAUGCUGGAUGUGAACAAAGUAUAUGAAAGUCUGCAAUGUAAGAGCAGCCAUUACCGAGUGUUCACCAAAGAAACACUACCCAUGCGCUUUCACUACACAAACAAUGACCGCAUUGGAGACAUUACAGUUGAUGUUCAGGAUGGGUGGUUGGUCUAUGGGAAGGUCCCUCGUACUUGUUUAGCAGGGAAUCAUGGCUAUGACAAUCUGGACAGAAAUAUGCAGGCCUUAUUCGUAGGGUCUGGUCCAAGCUUCAAGCAAAGUAUAGAAGUGGAGCCAUUUGAAAACAUUGAACUGUACAAUCUCAUGUGCUAUAUGCUUGGCAUUACACCAGCACCCAACAAUGGAACUUAUGGCAGCCUGUUCCAUCUACUUUCUAAACCACCAAUUUUGGCAGACUUUGCAGAAUGUACCCAGUCAAAUGGCAGGAUUACUCCUUGUUCCUGUCUAAAAGAGGGGAAAAUCCAGGCACCUUGUGCACAAGGUACAACACAGUUGAAUGGGACCAUCUAUGAGACUGCCUCCUAUACCACAGUCUUCAGUUCAGAUUUCAAAAUGCCGCUUGCUGUUACUGCAAUGCAGUCAGGCUAUAAGGCCAGUGGCAAUUUCAGUCUGAGGCCUACCUGUGACAAAACAGCAGUGGUACCCUCUAUCAGAAGUAUACAUCAGUUCAGUACAGGAACACAAAACUGCAGUGACCAGGCUAUGCCCAUUGUUCCCAUGUAUGAAGGUUUCAGCAGGGGUGUGUGGCAGUACCUAUGGCAGCUAAUAAACUCCUAUGAAGAAACUAGUCUCAAUGACUUCAGUGUAACAGCAGGCCCCAUUUUUGAUGCCAAUCAUGACAGUCGGUUUGAUCCAUCUUCUGCUUCAAAAAGCUUCGUUGAUGCUGGAAAAGAAGUUCCUCUUCCUACUCAUUACUUUGUGUCAUUGGCAAGAUGUGUGUAUCAGUGGAAGACCUUGCCGUGUGAUGGAGAGAUAGAAAUUCUCAGUUUCAUCCUCCCUCAUGUUAACCUCGUGCCGAACUGCAUGGACUAUGAGACAUACUUGCUUGAUAAUGUAGCAAGGGUGAAAGACAUAGAACUGGCAACAGAGCUUGAACUGCUGAGAUUCCUCCCCCUGGAGGAGAGGGCUCGUCUCAAAGUUCGGCUGCCAACAAGCUUGUGGGCAAGCUCUUUGCCCACAGCCCAGGACAAAAAUGGCAUGACAGCCAGCAAUGCUCCUUGUGGAUCAGGCCCUCAGUACAAUCCUUUGCUUCUCAUCUCACUGGAUGGUUUUCGGGCAGAUUAUUUAUCCUAUAAUGUCACACCUAACAUACAACGUCUGAUCCAAGAAGGAGUACACACCCCAAGGAUGUUGUCAGCUUAUCCAACAUUAACUUUUCCAAACCAUUAUACUAUCGUAACGGGGCUGUACCCAGAAUCCCAUGGAAUAGUGGACAAUGAUAUGUUUGACAUUGGUAUGCAGAAAGCCUUCAGCAUAUACUCCUCUACAAAAUCAGAUCCUCGAUGGUGGCAUGGUGAUCCAAUAUGGUUGACAGCACAAAAGUAUGGGAAAAAGAGUGCCUGCUACUUUUGGGUGGGAUCUGAUGUUCCGAUUGAAGGAAAGUAUCCACAUUACUACAAGAAUUAUAGCAGCUCUGUACCAUUUAAUGAUCGUGUGGACACUGUGCUGGGCUGGCUAUCUUUAGCAGCUGAUCAACGCCCAGACUUAAUCACACUGUACUUUGAUGAGCCAGACACUACAGGCCAUAAGCUUGGCCCAGAACCUACAAGUGGGCUGCUGACAGCUUUGCAGAAUGUUGAUAAUGUCAUUGGAAGAUUGAUGUCAGGCCUUCAAAAUCUGAAGAUGUCUGACAGUGUCAACAUUCUGCUUGUUUCUGAUCAUGGCAUGGGUGCCAGGAACUGCACACGUGUGGCAAAGCUCAGUGAUUAUAUGAAGAGUGAUGAUAUCUCUAAAAUAUAUGUAUACACUGCAGCAGCAGCCAGAAUCAGCAACCUCUACUCUUACAAAAGUGGCAAUUACACCAUACAUGAUACGCCCCUUGUUUCAACAGAAGCCAUCAUGAACUAUUUGGAGGGUAAGAGCUCAUUCUUUACAGUGUACAGGAAGUCUCAACUUCCAAAACGAUUACAUUAUGCUAACAACAUUCGUAUCGAUGACAUCAUUAUCAAGAUGGAAGAUGACUGGGUGUUUUGCAAGGCAUUGUUUAUUGCCCAUGGUCCAGCAUUUAAAGAAGGAGUGGAGGUACCCGAGUUUGAAAACAUUGAGCUCUAUAGUUUGAUGGCAGAUUUGUUAAAUAUCACUGCUUCACCUAAUAAUGGUACAAGAGGUUCUCUUUACCAUACCCUUAAGAAUCCUCCAGUUCUUCAGAAGCCACAGCAGUUUGUACAAUGUCAGAGUGUACAGCCAAUAGCCACCAAUCAGCUUCACAGAAGCUGCAAUUGCUCCAUCACUACAGCGGGUGAUAAUGCCAAUUUGCCUGACUCUGAAAGCUGCCUUGUGCCUGACAGUAAUCUGCCCACUGAUGAGCAAAAUACAUACAAAUCUUACUUUAAUGCUGACCAGAGCAUAACUGCUGCUCCUAUUUUCCAAAUUAAUCAUACAUUACUUCUUGCAGUGAAUGAUACCUGUGGAAGUGUCACCUAUUCUUCUGCUGCUACACCUAUGUCCAUUCCUUUGAAAAAUGAUUUGUGGUCUGCGGUGUGGAAGUUUGUCAGAUCAACAGCCAAUCAGACAAAGCCUGUAUUAGUCACUGCUGGACCAAUAUUUGACUACAACAGCGAUGGUUUAGCUGAUGACAUUCACAAUCUUUCCAAGUUUGUGGAUGAUAGAAAGACAAUACCAUUGCCCAGUCAUUACUUUGUAGUGCUUGCUCGUUGUAAGAUGGAUGCUCACUUGAAUAACUGCGGGGAAAAUCUGGAUCUGUUGUCUUUUAUACUUCUCAGGAACAGCCUACUAAUAAUCAGAAAGUGUGCCAAGUACUUACUAACCUGCUUCACUAUACAGAAUGAAGAGCGCCGCCUGUUGGAAAAUGUGGCGAGGGUCAGAGAUGUAGAGCUCCUGACUGGACUGCAGUUCUUACCAUACUUGGACCCAGCCCUCAGUGCUCGACUCAGGACACAUGUACCAACUUCUCUGUGGGCUGUUACUACUACUAAACAGAAUCAAACAUGGCUGGAGCAGGAAUGUCCUCCAAGAGGACAAGCAGAUAACCAGUGUCCUUCCAACUACCGACCGGUGUUACUAGUGUCACUGGAUGGAUUCAGGCCGGACUACUUGCACCGUGGGUUUAGUCCUGUGAUUGAUCGAUUGGUCACCUGUGGAGUACAUGCCCCGUACAUGCGUUCUGUGUACCCCACCAAAACUUUCCCCAAUCAUUACACUAUUGUCACUGGUUUGUACCCAGAAUCUCAUGGCAUCAUUGAUAACAACAUGUUUGAUUUCAACAUUAGUCAGAAAUUCAGCCUCACUGGCAGCAUCAAAUACAACCCACAAUGGUGGGGUGGAGAACCACUCUGGGUCACUGCACAAAAACAGAAAUUCAUCAGUGCCAGCUAUUUCUGGGUUGGAUCAGAUGUCAGAAUUAGUGACAUGACUCCAGAUAUCUUUGAACCAUACAAUGGCGAAAUUCCCUUUGGUGAACGGGUGGAAACAGUCCUUCGUUGGCUGACACUGCCAGCUGAUAAACGACCCCAUUUCAUUACACUAUACUUUGAUCAACCAGACCAUGCUGCCCAUGAGAAGGGACCAUUUACACCUGAAGUAGAUGCUCAGGUAAAGCUUGUAGACACAACUCUGGGACAGCUAAUGGAUGGUUUAUAUCAGCACAAUCUUCAUCACUGUGUUAACCUUAUGGUUGUCUCUGAUCAUGGCUUCUCCUCAUUGUCAUGUGACAAAGUAAUUGCAAUGCAAAAUUACUUUGAUAAAUCCUCGUCAAACAGUCUUUACUUCUACUAUGGCCCAUUCGGCCGUGUGAGCAACACAUAUCAUUAUGACCUACAAACGAAGGGUGUGAAAAUUUACCCUGGAACACCACCGUUAUCCAUCCUGGAUGUUCAGAAUCAUCUCAAGUGUGUGGAUCAUCUAAAUGUUUAUGCCAAAACUGAUCUACCUAAGCGACACCACUAUGUUAACAACAAUCGAAUUGACAACAUUAUUUUGGAUCCGUCUUUGAAUUGGACAGUUUCAAGCUCUGCAACUGACACGAAGUAUUGCACAGGGGGAGAUCAUGGCUGGGAUAAUACAUACAGAGCAAUGAGUGCUCUCUUUGUGGGCUAUGGACCAUCAUUUCAGAAUGGCAAAACAGUGGAACCCUUCGAAAACAUUGAGCUGUACAACAUGAUAUCAGAUUUGAUUGGAAUGAAGCCAGCUCCAAACAAUGGAACAUUGGGAAGCUUGGAUCAUCUCCUUUGGCAAAAUUUCACCCGUGGUCGAAAUGCUGUUUCCUCCUACAACUCUGUGAAAAACAGUAGUGUUCCACUUGUACUGUGCAACUGCAGUUUGAAGGAGGAGGACAUUAAAUCCAUCACUGAAGUCCCAUUGAGUCCCAUUGCUCUUCCAUUUGGUAUACCUCUGUUGAUGGAGACACAAACUGAUGUUUAUAUAUUGAAUCACUCAACUCAUGUCACUGCCUACAGUACUAUUCUGAACAGCCCUCUUUGGGUCUCCGCUACAGUCACAUCUUUUAUGCUGAGGAGGUCAGAAACACUUGAUUACAACUCCACAUGUGUCAUUUCUGACUCUCGUCUGCCUCAAGGAUUACAGUGUAAUCAUGCUGUGGAUGAUGGCCACAAUGUUACAUGGACAUCUCUCCUCCCAUCAGCUUAUAAAUUUGGAUUAAGCUCACUGCUACUGUCCAGCCAAGUACCGCUGUUGAAUGACUUUGUCAAUGAUACUUGGAUGCCGCUGCAAGAAUUUAUUGGAAACUGGGUUAAAGACUAUGAAAGCAUGAACUACAUAGCUGGUCCUGCUUAUGACACUAACAGUGAUGGUUUGGCUGAUACAUUGGACCAGAUUAAGAGAUCCAACAACACUGUGCCUACCCAUCUUUUUGUAAUUGUUGCACGUUGUGCAAACAAAUCUUCAGAUGUGACAACAGCUCAGUGUGCAGAUGUCCAGACCUUGUCUUUUAUCCUUCCACAGAAAGAUUCAUCCCGAGUCUUUAACUGUCAGUCUGCAUUGCAGUAUCUUGAGGACAAUGAAGCUAGAGUCCGAGAUGUGGAACUAAUCACAGGCUUCCAGUUUUUUCCUGCCAUUCCCUUCACACAAGCUGUUGCGAUGCGUACAUACCUACCAAGUGGCUUGUGGGAAAUUUCUUCUAGAUAGGUCUCACCAGGCUAGCUGUCAAGCCUUCUUUACCAGUCAUAAUUAUCAUAUACCAAAUAAGAGGUUAUUAUACAACGACAUAUCCCAUUAACAAUAUGUUGUUGCUCAUGGAUACAGGCAAAUUAAAACAAAGAAAUGAACUCAAAAUAUUAAGAGUAAAAUGUUGAAGAACACCUAGAUCCCCUCAUCACGAACUAAUAUCCCUGGACUGCUGGCAGACGAUUUUUUCCAGUGAACUGCUAAAACGAGGCAUUAGACAAGAAAGCUUUCGGUUUAUUCACAUUUCAGAUUAACUACUAAAGUGAGGCAUGAUACAAGAAAGCUUCCGAUUUUGUCACAUUCUUUGCUACGGCUCGCCGAGCCUAACAAAGCGGAGAACGUCACAAGAGGCUAAGCGUUGGUCUUGGCAGACAGCAAUCCACCUAUACAUGUCCUUGCCCACAUGUAUCAAGCAGAUUACCCAUGUGUCAUUGAAAUGUUUCAAAUUUUAAAAUGAAGACAAAUUAAUUGAUUUGGAUACUCAUUGAUUUGUGAACUCCUGACAUUAUCAAAACUGAAUUCAUUAUCUAUUGUCUGAUUUUUAAUGUUUGAAGGUUUUGCGGCAUACAUCUUUGUCAUUUGAUUGUGUACAUGCAUGAGUGUCAGAGAAUGUGUGGCUGCUUUUGUUGACAUACAGUACAGAAUCAUUUGUAUACAGAGACACAUUAUUCAGAAAUUUAAGACCAUGAUUUUUUUUAAAAAAUAUUCCCAUAGAUGAAAAGAAAAAAAAUGUACCCUCCCUUCUAUAACCUUUGACAUUUUCAUUCAUGUUGUGUUGAGAAACUAUAUUGUGAUUACAUUUAAAUGACACAUAUGUUUCACUGUUUUUAUUUUUCCCCCAUGGAUAUAUUUUGAUGUACUUUUUUUUGGUUAAAUAUCUAUUACAGGUCUCUAACUUUAAACUUGGGCCUUUACAUUAAAUAGUGCACAUCACCAGUGUCCAUCGUGUUCAUCUACACUUGCAAACUCUGUAUGGUCAUUUUGACUUCACUAAUCACACAUUCAGAGGCAAAAUCAUUUUUUUCAAGCCCAAGGAGUAUUUUUAGCCAUAACAUCAGAUAAUAAUCACUCAAUACCAAAAGGGUUUGUCAUGAGGUUAAGCUGAAGUUGCUCUGAAUAAGAUAGCUGGGCACUUAGUGAAGGAAGAAAAAUAAGGACUUGUUGGAAUAGGUAGGGGUGGUAAGCACCUAAAUGCAGACAAUCACAAAAUCAGAAAAAAUGUAUUUAGAGGGCAUUUGUACAAAGAUUUGAGCAAGUCAUCUUCAAAAUUAGAAAGUCACACAUUUCAUGCUCAGUAUUUUUAUAAUUCCAAAGAUAUGGUGGCAUACAAAAAUUAUUACCAAAUAUACUCCUGAUUUUUGUGGGAAGAAGACUAACAAGUCGGUAACCCACUACCAUCUCUUUUGUGUGAAUGGGGGAGAGAAAAACCAGGUAAGAAAGGCAAAACACCAGGACUGAUCUCAGCAUUUCUAGCAAUGGACUGCAAGAUCAAGGUGAAGAUGAGACUUGGAUUAUUUUUGGAAUCAAACUGAAAGCCCUUCACUAAGUCAAAUUAUGGGAUGUAAAUAAAAAAGUGUUGGCAAAAUGAUGCAGCUUCUGUUUCUACAGUCAUUCUAGCCAUAGUUUUUUUUUUUCUUGGCCUUGCAAUACAGCAUGAAAUAUUUGUUCCUACCUAUCCAAUAGGGCAAAUAAAAAAUGCAUGAUAAAUAUACAAUUUAUGUAAAGCCUUAGAGAAAUAAUAAAUGUGCCAUGAAGUGCAAAA